CAUUCCUAGCGUACUCAGCAUUCUCGUUGCAGAACUUGUAGUGAAAACAACAUUGCAUAAUCAAGCAGAUUUUGGAUUGAAUUUUGAAAAAGAGCAAAGUAAAACAACUAUUUUUCGUUUUCGUGUUAAAGUACAAAGUAAAUAAACAACAACAAGAUGGCAACCAACGCUUAUGAAUUAUCAAAGACUUAUCGUUAUCGUAAAGUGAUGAAGCCGCUAUUGGAGCGUAAACGUCGUGCGCGCAUCAAUCAGUGCCUGGACGAGCUCAAAGACCUGAUGGCCGAAUGUGUACAGCAACAAAGUGGCGAUGCGGAGGUGAAAUUGGAGAAGGCCGACAUACUCGAAUUGACUGUGGAGCACUUACGUAAAAUGCGUCAGCAACAGACAAAAACCAAGCGCAGCGAUGAAGGUGCACGUGAGAGUUUCCGUUCCGGUUAUAUUAAAGCGGCACAUGAGAUAUCACGUUGUCUCGCCACUUUACCAAAUGUCGACGUCCAAUUGGGCACACAAUUGAUGACACAACUCGGUUUGCGCCUCAAUCAAUUGGAGUCACAGCAUCAGCAAGUGUACACCGCUGUCAAUCAACCAUUGAGUGUCAAUUGCGGUCCAGCUACACCUACUUCCAACACCACCUCCACCAUGUACAGUCCGGUUUCUAGCGGUUAUGCUAGUGACAAUGAAUCGACUACCUCCAGCCAAUCGGCAGCAAGCAGCGGCGGUCUAUUGCAAGUGUCCUCAACAAGUGUCUGGCGUCCUUGGUAGUGUGACAGUGUGGCAGCACACGUAUAGCCUUUAGACACGCCAGUGACUGAGCUCGUGCAUAGACUUAAUUGUAUAAUCUACGGUCUCAUUUAGUUUAAGUGAAAAUUGUUUUUUUAAUUUUAAUGUCAUAAUUCUUUUAUGUUUUAUGUAAACUGUUAUUAGCGAAUUAAUUGCGUAAGAAAGUUGUGUAGUUUUGUAAACUGUGAUAGGAAAAGCUUUAGUUAUAUGCAGACAACAACAAUUGUACUGUAGUAGUAUUAGUAUUUAAGCCGAAAUGAUUGAUGAUAUAAUGAAAUGAUAUAUCAAUAUAUGACAAAAAAUGAAAAC